GUAUCUACCUAUAUUCAUUAGCAAUUUUCAGCUUCCUAAAAAACAUAUUUUUACCAUAUGGUUUUAUUUAAAUAAUCGAAAAUAAAAUACCCCUUUUAAUUGUGCGAUCUUUGUUUUUUAGAAUAAAUUAAUGCAGUUGAGCAAAAUUAGCAGAACAGCCAUGCCAUUUAAUAGUUUAAAUGGUAAAUAUGUUAAUUCUAAGUCAAUUGAGAGACUUAUUUCAAUAAAAGAUGAUGAGAACAUACCAGGUGUUGAGGAUAUUUCGAUCAUUAGUGCUUCUCAAGAUAUUAAACAGAUUAAGGAAAUAAUUCGAAAUAAUCACUGGAGUAUUGACCAUCCUAUUCGUCAAAAUUUAUGGGAAUGCUUGACUAAUCAAAUAUCCACUGAUGAGCACAUUGAUAUUUAUCAUGAAUUAGUAAAAGAUCUAUUUGGCGACAACUACUACAAUUGCAGUUUGCCUUCAUUUGUAGAUCCAGCCUACUGUAUUCGCUAUCAUCUGAAUACAGAUGGAAAACAAACAGUGGAAAAAAUCCUUCAGAUUAUUCGUCAGUCAAAGCCAGAUAUAACAUAUUGCCCUGUUUUAUACCCAUUAAUAAGCAUCUUUUUACAUUACAUGUCUGAAGAAAUGGCUUAUUCUUGCACAAUGAAGAUAUUAUCAGACAAACAAAAUUACAUUUCACAAACCAAAGGAGAUCAUACAGCUUCUGCCUAUUUAGUCAUGAAGCUCUGUAAAAAAUAUGCUAAAAAUGCUUAUCUUCAACUUGAAAAAGAACUCAAAGAGCAUGAAGACUUGGAAAACAUGUUUCAAAAUUGGAUAUCCUGGAUUUUUAAAGGAUUACCAUUCACAUAUUUGGUUCGCAUUGUUGAUUGUUUCCUGGUGGAUAAGAAGAAAAGCUUAUAUCGAAUAGUUAUUGCUUUGUUGAUACUAUAUAAUAAAAAUGUUGACAAAUCAACUUCUGAAGAUCUUGGAAGUUUGCAAAAGUUAAUGGAUUUUUUCCAAAAUAUUCCUGUUCCUGUUGAAAAAGUCCUUAAAAUGGGAUAUGGCAUACGAGGAUUCAGUGAAAAACUUGUGAACCAACAACUAGUCAAGGUACAGAUGACCUUAAAAAGUCAUACAAAUCUAGGAGGACGAUCACAAUCUGCAGAUAGAUUGUCCCCUUCACAAUCUGGAUAUCAUUUGGGGAUCAACUCAUCAGAUCAACCUAUUAUCAGACAAUUGAAAAUGGAUUCAUCUUGUCGAACGAGGUCUGUUGGUGUUGUGGCUUUGGGCAACUUCAAAUCUUGCAUUAUCACCCCUGAACAGAUGAGUGUUAUUUGGAGUUGGCUACCUUUAAGAAUUUCCAUGUCUCAACCAGAAGUAAUUUAUUCUUCAAAUGAACACGGUGUGUGCCUAACAGCAUUUUACAUGACUGUAGGAGAGUGGGAACCUACAAUUUUACUUAUCAAGUCUACAAGUGAUGAAAUUAUUGGAGCGUAUUGUUCUUCAGCUUGGAAUGAGAGAAAUUCAAGUGAUGUUCAGAACAAAAAGUACACAUAUUUUGGAAAUGGGGAAACAUUUCUAUUUACUAUUUCUCCUGAACUGAGAAAGUAUCACUGGGUUGGAUCUGUGUCUGGUGAAGAUGUGCCUCAUUCUGCAAAAUUAUUUAUGGCAGCAGAUAACCAUAUGAUCAAUGUUGGUGCUGGCAAUGGACAGGGCCUUUUACUGGAUGACAACCUUCUUUAUGGAAGAACCGAACAUUGUGAUACAUUCGACAAUGAGCCACUGUGCAGCUCAAAUAAUUUUCAGUGUAAAGUAGUUGAAGUUAUUGGCUUUAAGUAAUCAAUUUUGAUUAGCUGAAGAUCUGAGAAAAAUAUAUAUUUUACAUUUUUGCUUCUUAAACUUGUAAACCAUGACUUUAUCUAUAAUCAAAAUUAUAUAUUUUAUAUUUAUAGCAUUAAAAAUGCUUAUGCUUAAAAUAUUUUUUACUUAAGAUUAAACAGUAGAAAGAUUAAAAAAAAAUUUUAAAUAUAUAAAAUUCAUGAUUUUACUUUAAAACAUAUGCUGUUAAACUUCUGUACUAUUUUUUAUCGUGCAUGUAAGUUUCUUCUAAUGUUAUAAGUUUGAUAGUCCAUUUUUUUGAGGAGUUAUAUUCUGUUAUACUCAGAUCCUUGUUAUAAUUUACUAAAUGGUUAAUUCAACAUUUUUUAAUGAAUGUCUUUUUAAUCAUAUUUCUAUUAUUAAAAUUUAAUUCAAGAAUUUAUAUUGCAGAUUUAAAAAAUUUUAAAAUAUUAUCUUUUUUAACAAAAAGAUAUGUUUUAGUUCAAAAUAUGUUUGUUUUAGAUUUGCAAAAUAUUGUUUUAAUUUAAUAACUUGUUCCAAAAUCUACAAAUUUGCAAUGUAGAAAUGCUAUUAAAUUCUUUGCUCAAAGGAAGCAUUUACAACCCUUUAAUUGAUUUGAGGACUUUUUUUAUCAGCUUUAUUAUUUAUUUGUAUUUCUAGUAAAAGUAGUUUUGUUGUGUAGUCUUUAGUAUAGGUUUUGGAUUUUUGCAAUGUUUGCUCUCUUUUACAAAAUUACUCAUUUGAAAAACGCUCAUCUGAUAAACCUGAUAAUGAUUUAUUUGGUUUCAUGUUUACAUUUGUAAACAUUUGAGUCUCAUUCAUAAAUGUUUAUAUUAAAUGAAUAAAAUAGAAUUUUUUUUUCAUCCUUUAUUUACCUUUUUUAUUGGUAGAAAACAAAUACCAAUAGAAAUAAUUUUAAAUGUAUUGUUUAAAAUUAUUCAUAUAAAAGACAUGUGUCUUAAAGUUAUUAAUUAGGGAAAUGAUUUAAACUUUCUAAGUAGUGUGCAAUUCUCUUUUGAUUAUUUUUGCUUUUAAUAAGAUUGGGCAUGUGAUUCUUCCUCUAAUUCAUGGCAUUCCACGAGACUGUUGAUUUGUGGACUUAAGCGAAUCAAUAAUUUAUAUUCUUGCAAAAUUUUUAUAUUAAAUUUUAUUUUAUAACUAAGGCAAAAUCUUGUAAUCGAGACUUUUAUUCUGCACUUACCAGCUCUCUCUUUUCUUUCUUUUUUUUUUCCUAAAUUCUAAAUCCUUGAUUUUUUUCGCAGAUUUGUUGAAGAAAAACGCAACUUCAGAUAAACUUCCAAAACAUGAGACUGAAAAAUGUAAAAAAAUCUAUAAUAAAUUCGUCUAGAAUUAAUGAACUACUGAGGCUAAUACAAAAGUAUAAACUUGAUUACCUAAAAA